GGACUUGCUCUCCUCCUCUAGCUAGAACCAGAUCUUUUUCAGGGGCAGGGCAGGGGAGGUGGGGAGAAUGGGCUGCCUGAAGGAGUCUUGUCUUUAACGAAGGCCUCAUCAGGAGCCAGAUGGCGUUUAAUGAUUGCUUUAGUUUGAGCUAUCCUGGCAACCCUCAGCCAGGGGACUUGAUUGAAGUGUUCCGUCCUGGCUAUCAGCACUGGGCGCUGUACUUGGGUGAUGGGUAUGUUAUCAACAUCGCUCCUCUAGAGGAUGGCGUCCCCGCAUCGUUCACAAGCGCCAAGUCUGUGUUCAGCAGAAAGGCCCUGGUGAAGAUGCAGCUUUUGAAGGAUGUUGUGGGAAAUGACACAUACAGAAUAAACAAUAAAUACGAUGAGACGUACUCCCCUCUCCCCAUGGAAGAGGUCAUGCAGAGGUCAGAGUUUGUUAUUGGACAGGAGGUGGAGUAUGACGUGUUUGUCAACAACUGUGAGCAUUUUGUGACUCUGCUCCGCUACGGAGAAGGCGUUUCAGAGCAGGCCAACCGAGCAAUAAGUAUCAUUGGGUUUGUGACGGCUGCUGCUGGUGCCUUCUCAUUCCUGGGCUUGUUUCCAAAAAAACUAAGAGCAAAAUACUAUUAAUUUACUGAAGAGAUAUUGGAGCCGAAGGAAUUUGCGAGGGAAAAAAAAAAACAAACCUGGGAUGAAUACUUAUUUUCAAUGCAUCAUUAUUGUUUCAAAUUCCAGUGAUGGAUGGCAGGCUCUUUAAUAAAUUGCUUACUGGUAUUAUCUCA